GGAGGCGGAAGAGCCUCUCGGCUCUAGGCUCGGGGAGUCCCGGGACCGCUGAGGAGCCACCCGGGGUACAGGGAAAGGCCGCCGGGCCUGGCCGGCCGCACUCGAGGUGUCGGGGCCGCGGGUCUGAGGGAUGAGGAGGGGCCAUGGCCAGCGACGGGGCCAGGAAGCAGUUUUGGAAGCGCAGCAGCAGCAAAGUCCCGGGCAGCAUCCAGCAUGUGUAUGGCGCCCAGCACCCCCCCUUCGACCCGCUGUUACACGGCACCUUACUCAAGGCCGCGCCCAAGGCGCCCGCCACACCCGUGAAGGCCAAGAGAGUCAGCACCUUCCAGGAGUUCGAGAGCAACACCAGCGACGCCUGGGACGCGGGCGAGGAUGAUGACGGGCUCCUGGCCAUGGCAGCCGAGAGCCUGAACACCGACGUGGUCAUGGAGACGGCCCACCGCGUCCUGCGCAACCACAGCCAGCGGCAGGAGCGCCGCAAGCCGCAGGACGCGCCGGGCCCCGAGCAGGAGCCAAAGCCUUCGGCAGAGCCUCCUUCGGUCCCGAGCGGUGACCUCCGGCUGGUGAAGUCCGUCAGCGAGGGCCGCACGUCCUGUCCUGCAGAAAGCGCCGGCGACGCUGUGCCUCUGCAGCGGUCCCAGUCUCUCCCGCACUCGGCGACGGUCGCCGCGGGCGGCACGUCUGACCCCAGCGCCCUCAGCAGCUCAGCGUUAAGCGAACGAGAGGCCUCCCGGCUCGACAAGUUCAAGCAGCUCCUGGCCGGCCCGAACACGGACCUUGAGGAAUUACGGAAGUUGAGCUGGUCCGGAAUCCCUAAGCCGGUUCGUCCAAUGACCUGGAAGCUGCUCUCAGGUUACCUUCCUGCCAAUGUGGACCGAAGACCAGCCACUCUCCAGAGAAAACAGAAAGAGUAUUUUGCUUUUAUUGAGCACUAUUACGACUCUCGGAAUGAUGAUGUUCACCAGGACACCUACAGGCAGAUCCACAUAGACAUCCCUCGAAUGAGUCCAGAAGCAUUAAUACUUCAACCCAAAGUGACAGAGAUUUUUGAAAGGAUAUUGUUUAUAUGGGCGAUACGUCACCCUGCCAGUGGAUAUGUUCAGGGGAUUAAUGACCUUGUCACUCCUUUCUUUGUAGUCUUCAUGUGCGAACACAUAGAGGAGGAGGAUGUGGACGCUGCCGAUGUCUCCCGCGUGCCCGCAGACGUGCUGCGUAACGUCGAGGCCGACACGUACUGGUGCAUGAGCAAGCUGCUGGAUGGUAUUCAGGACAACUAUACCUUUGCCCAGCCUGGGAUUCAAAUGAAGGUGAAGAUGUUGGAAGAGCUCGUGAGCCGGAUUGACGAGCAAGUCCACCGGCACCUGGACCAGCACGAGGUGAGGUACCUGCAGUUCGCCUUCCGCUGGAUGAACAACCUGCUGAUGCGGGAAGUGCCCCUCCACUGCACCGUCCGCCUGUGGGACACGUACCAGUCUGAACCUGACGGCUUCUCUCACUUCCACCUGUAUGUCUGCGCUGCUUUUCUGGUGAGAUGGAGGAAGGAAAUUUUAGAAGAGCGGGAUUUCCAGGAGCUGCUGCUCUUCCUUCAGAACCUGCCCACAGCCCACUGGGGCAACGAAGACAUCAGCCUGCUGCUGGCUGAGGCCUACCGCCUGAAGUUUGCCUUCGCGGAUGCCCCCAAUCACUACAAGAAAUGAGCCGGGGCCAGCGCAGCUGGCCUCACCCCGCCCCGGGGUGGCGCCCCAGCGCCCAUGGCUGCAGGCCGGUGGCCAAGGAGGGGCCUUGCUGGGCGACCCUGCCCUCCAGGGAGCGGGCCAGGACUGGGCAUCAGGUGAGGGCCAGGGCCUGGCUGGGGGCCGCCUCUGUUUCCUAAGAUACCAAAGAGAGCCGGGGGAGGGUCUUGGCCCUUCAGGGGGCCAGGAGCGGGUGGGCUUCUCCCUGCCCUGUCCCUGGAGCAUCCUUGCCAAAUGCCCGCCUCCUGGAGCCCCCAGGGCACAGCGGCCCGAGAGCCUGACCCUCUUGGAGGGGCCUGCUGUCUGGUGCCGGGACCAGGAGGAGGUGGUGGUCAUCUCAUACCUGCUUUGAAAUGCAAAAGCCCUAUUCUGUUGAGUGAAAGAGAAUAAAAUGUAGACAAAAUAAGAAGUGAACCAUUGCCCUCACCUGUGAAGUCUCUGUCCCCACAGGGCUUCUUGAAGUUGGCCUUAUUCCUGUAACUGUCCAGCCCCUGGGCUCUACUGUGUCCCUUCUCUCUUGCUCUCUCCUGGACUGGGGACCGCUCUGUGUGUCAGCUGAGCAGCCGGGAGCUGUGGCUAUAGCAGGCUGGGGCAGGGUGAGGAGCUGAGCAGCCGCCGUGCUUUUCCAGCCUCUUGAAAGCGAGGACUGCGCCCCCGCCAGCCUGCAUGCUGCUCUGCCCAGGGGGAGCUGGGGGGACACACCGCACACGCUGCCACUGAGGACAUAGCUCCCUGCACCAGGCCAUUGGCACAGGUGGGGUUCAGCCUCUGUAAUCGGAGUCCUCCAGGCCUACUGCUUGGCCUCCCCCCACCUCCCGGGUCUCCGGAGGGUUACAGAGCUGAUGGCUUCCUGCGGUCUGUGGGUCACCGGGGCUGAGCGCCCAGGCUCAGCAGGUCCUGGACUGGCCUGCCUGGAGCUCCGUGGGGGCCAGACACGCUUCCACACGCCCCCCCACCCUUGCGGAGGUGCACCUGUCCCAGGCGCGUGGCUGGCCCAUGCUGACCCCUGAGCCAUGACAGGCUCCUGUCCUCAGCUCCUCCUCCUGCUCCCAGACUCGUGUGUUUGCAAGCGCCUCUUGCCCACCGUGUGUGCCUGUCCUGGGGCAGCCAGGCCAGUGCCCCUGCCUUUGCACGCUCGGCGUGAGGACGCUGCGGGAAGCCUACGAACAGGGGAUAGGAAUACGUACGCAUGUGUGAUGUGUGUAUCCUUCUUUUUUGUUAAAAAGAUUCUCGGGUCAUUACACGUGGCGUGGAAAUCAGCACAAAAUACUGUGCAAAUGUACGGUGUUCCCAGAUCAGCCGAGGGACCGGCCUCAGACCGGCUAGACAGAACUCCCCCAGCCCCGGGGUUGGGGGCUCCUCUCAUCCGGCGCCCGGCUGCCCAGCAGCUCUUCUCCAGCCAGAGCGCUGGGUUCCAGGAGAGCUGCCUGCAACCGCGUGUGGGAAGCCCCAUCCUGCUUGAAGCUCCGUCCCCCCCCCUCCCCGGAACCGCUGGCACAGAGCACUCUGCACCAGGCCAAGAUGUUGGGUACACAAAACAUCUGCCUCUGGAGGCAGUUAAUUUUUCAGGUAGGAGGAUCUGCGAAGUUAAAUGAGGCUCCACGUGUAUUUUCCUGUGUCUGUGAACCUGAAAUUGAAUGCUAGGGCUGUUGACACGCAUCCUAGGAGCCUAGCCCAUCGAUCUGAAAGGAUGGAAGGUGUUCUGUCUGGAAAAUGAUGUGCUGGAAUGGGAGUAAAGAUGCAGUGAAUCCCCCAGCCUUGGCCUAAUUCAAGGACUCUCCUAAGGGAACGGGGCUGCCCUGGGCAUCUUUGGUCCUUGGAGGCCGGGUGACAGCCAAGGGUGGGGGCACUGGGCUGAGUCCUGGCCUUUCCAUACAGGCCUGACAUGGGGCACAG